UAAGCAGAGUAGUAAAAAAUUAGUAUUUCAAUUUACAGUCAUGAAUCUCUCUCCCGGCGAUCGCCGGAACCGAAAUUCGCCGGCAAAAUCCUCCGGCAUCUACUCCACAUUCGUCAUCCACGACGACGUUAAAGAAUCUUCUCAAAGCCCUAACAACGACUCAAACAUCUUUGCCACUAUGCUCCGAAAACCCGACCCGACUGACAACUCCGCCUCCAAUUCCGACGACGACGACGAAUUCCUCCCGCCUCUCCUCAAACGCAUCCCCAAGGACUUCGACGCCUCCGCAAUGGACUUCGACAACGACUACGACGACGACACCAACAUCUCCGGCACUAUGAUCGUCAAAUCGAAUCGCCAUCAGAACUCCUCUCCGUUGCGAAAGCCGAAAGUGUAUGACGACGAUGACGACGACGACGAUGAUGAUGAGAAUGCGAGUGACUUUUCGACUUUUGUGGUGAGAUCUAGUGUGAAGAAGGAGCGAGAGCGAGAGAGACAGGCGUCGGUCUCGGGGACUGUUGGCGGAACUUUUUUGAGACGGAGUGGCGGAGGAGGUGGAGGUGGAGGCGGUGGUAAUUCGAUGAGUAGGGCGGUUGCGAGUAUGCAAGCGUCGAAUUUACAAGAGGAGGAGAGGAAAUUGAGGAAACAGGCUAGUAGUAAAGUGUCUACGAGCUCGAUUCCGGAUAGUGUUACUAGAGAGGAUCCUUCUACUAAGUAUGAGUUGUUACAUGAAUUAGGGAAGGGUUCAUAUGGCGCUGUUUACAAAGCACGGGAUUUGAAAACUUCGGAGAUGGUUGCUAUCAAAGUGAUUUCAUUGAGUGAAGGGGAAGAGGGGUAUGAAGAAAUACGGGGGGAAAUCGAGAUGUUGCAGCAAUGUAGUCAUCCCAAUGUUGUUCGCUACCUAGGGAGUUACCAGGGAGAAGAGUACCUAUGGAUUGUCAUGGAGUACUGUGGUGGUGGUAGUGUUGCUGAUUUAAUGAAUAUUACGGAUGAGCCCUUAGAGGAAUACCAGAUAGCAUAUAUUUGUAAGGAGGCACUGAAGGGUUUGUCAUACUUGCACUCAAUUUUCAAGGUACAUAGAGAUAUUAAAGGAGGAAACAUACUGUUGACUGAACAAGGUGAAGUCAAGUUGGGUGAUUUUGGUGUUGCCGCACAACUGACUAGAACAAUGUCGAAACGCAACACGUUUAUUGGAACUCCACAUUGGAUGGCUCCAGAAGUCAUUCAAGAGAGCAGAUACGAUGGAAAGGUUGACGUCUGGGCCCUUGGAGUGUCUGCGAUUGAAAUGGCAGAGGGUCUUCCUCCAAGAUCGUCGGUGCAUCCCAUGAGGGUAUUGUUCAUGAUAUCCAUUGAGCCAGCUCCAAUGCUCGAGGAUAAAGAGAAAUGGUCUCUUGUAUUUCAUGAUUUUAUUGCGAAGUGCCUUACAAAAGAACCUCGUCUUCGUCCUACUGCAACUGAGAUGUUAAAGCAUAAAUUUAUCGAGAAAUGCAAAACUGGAGCUUCCAUAAUGUUGCCCAAGCUGGAGAAAGCAAAGCAAGUGAGGGCAUUAAUGGUUUUGGAAGCAGAAAAUAUUGCAUCAGGAACGUUUGUUGCAGGAGAUAAUUCAAUGGGAGGCCUAAAAGUGAACGAAGACUAUGGAGAUACUGUCCCAUCCAGACCUCAGGAUGGUCUUUUGGUUGCUAAUGUGUUACAAGUAGGAAGUAUACCCGGGACUGCACCUCAGGGUGCUGAACAGACUGAAGAAGGUGACUUUGGGACUGUAAUAGUCCGUGGUGCUGUUGAGAUGGACAAAACUAUAGAAGGGCCAAAGAUUAAAAAUCAGUCACCUGCUCUGGGACGUAUUGGAAGCACCUUAUUAGGUGGCACAGUGUCUAAAUCAGUUGAACCGUGGGCUGGAGAUGGAACUCAGGUUUCUACAGAUACCCUCAAGAAUAUAGAAGCAAAUGCUGCAGAUACUAUGCAGGCAACAACUCCUGUAUUUCUUACCCCUGAGCAGAAACUAAAGCAAAAUAGCAUUUCUCAGGCGAAUGUUGGAAGUGGAGGUGUAAGCAGUGGCACAUUAAGGAAUGAAACUGUUAGUAGAAAAGCGCUAGAUAAGCUUUGGUCCAUUUAUGCUGCCGGAAAUACAGUACCCAUCCCUUUUUUAAGGGCAACUGAUAUAUCACCUAUUGCAUUGUUGUCAAACAACGUGCUUGGAUGCCGUGAUAGUGGGGGAAAUAUUGCUGUGGAAACAAUGCAGGAGCUCUUUGCAGGUGAUGGGCAAUCUAAAAAGGGAAGGAGUAGGCAAAAUGAGGUUCCCCUUCCUCCAAGUGUGUAUCAAAGACUCACUUCAAGCCCUACUCUUAUGAAUCUUGCCCAGGCUUUAGCUUACCACAAGAUGUGCUAUGAAGAGAUGCCACUUCAGGAUCUCCAAGCGACCCAAGAGCAGCAAACCAUACAAAAUCUUUCUGAUACACUUAGAACUAUUUUAAGAUUAUAGUGAACUAUUUACUGGUAAAGAUAUGUGUAUAAAUAAUUUAAUUUUUUUGUCA